GGUGAAAGAGGGGCUCUCUGAUUGGCUGCAUAUUACAUUCCAAUAGCGGAAGCAAAAUGGCGUCUCUCGGGUCGCCGCUUCGCACUUUCCGUGGUCUAUUGAGGGAGCUCCGUUAUGCUCUGGGAGGGAGCGAUGUCUCCUACCGAAACAAGGCAGCAUAUCGUUACUUGAAGGAAGCUUUCCGCUGCCAUCGGGUAACCAGUGAAAAACUCUGCAAAGCCCAGCAUGACUUACAUUUUCAGGCUGCUACUUAUCUCUGUCUUCUGCACAGUAUCCGGGAACAUUUAAUAUUACAUAAGGAAUAUCAUGGCAAAGGAGAACGAUCAUCAGAGGUAGUGGCAGGACUUGUAGGAUUUAAACUACCACAACAGCCUGGAGGAAAGGGAUGGGAACCAUAAAUGUGAUUUAACUAUUUCAUAAGAAUUAUUGAGCUGUAUUUUAUUUCAAAAUUCUUUAAAUAAAAAUGCUUAUAUGACAUAUAUA